AUGGAAAUCACCGCUCGAGGACCAAUCGACGAAGCAACUGGAAUGGUUAUGAAUCUCACUGAUUUGAAGUUGAUGAUAGAGGAAUUGAUGGUUGUCGUGGAUCACAAAAAUUUGGACAAGGAUGUUCCUUACUUCCGCGAUGUUGUCUCCACCACGGAAAAUGUUGCUGUGUUCGUGUGGGACUUCAUUGCGAGCAGAAUGACCCCGUUUGAAGCGAAACUCUAUGAAGUUAAAAUUCACGAAACUGACAAGAAUAUCAUUGUUUAUCGCGGUAUAGUGAGUGAAUCGCGAUUGUAG